CUUGGUCAAUACUUCUACUUUCAUUUUAAGAAAAUAAAUGAAUGCCACUCUGAGAAAUGGAAAUUGCAUACCUUUUGUUGGUUUUGGGACAUUUAAAAUCAGAUUAAAAGAAGAUGUUCAAAAGACAAUAAAAGCAGCAUUAGAUGUGGGUUAUAGGCUAAUAGACACAGCAUCAGUCUAUAGGAAUGAAGCUGAGAUUGGGCAAUGUUUAAAAGAAUAUGUACCCAGCAACAAUCUAGAAAGAUCGGACAUUUUUAUCACCAGUAAACUUGGACCAAAAGACCAGGGAGAGGGCACCUGUUAUGCGGCUUUCCAUCGGUCUCUGUUUAACUUAGACUGCCAGUACCUGGACCUGUACCUGAUUCACUGGCCAGGGACCCAGGGCAGGAAACCAGACGACCCAGAUCAGGGGGAGCUGAGGGUGGGGAGCUGGCGGGAUCUGAUCAAGUUACAGAAGGAAGGUAAAGUGAAGAAUAUUGGAGUUUCUAACUUUCUUCAACACCACAUACAAGAACUGAUUGAUAAAACAGGAGUCUGUCCAGAUGUUAUACAGACUGAGCACCACCCCCACUGUGUCCAGAGUGAGUUGAUAGAGUUCUGUAAGCGGACAGGGAUCUUUUACCAGGCUUACUCCUCCCUCGGAACCACCACCUCCAACAAUCCGAUUCUUACAGAUCCAGUUGUCACUGAAGUGAGUCAAAAACUGGGGAAAAGUGUGCCUCAGGUGCUACUUCGAUGGGCGGUCCAGCAAGGAAUAGGUGUCCUUCCAAAGUCUUGCAACCCUCAGCAUAUUCAGGAGAACAUAGACAUUUUCUCAUUCCAAAUUCCAGAGGAGGAGAUGCUGAAAUUGAAUUCUUUGAACAGAGAAAAACAUUACUGUUGGAAUCCUAAAGACAUUGUCUGAAUUUAUAUCUUUACAUUAUGACAUGUUUAUAAAGAUUUUUUUUUAAACUUUCUUACAUAUUGU